AUGGAUGAUGCUACAGUUCUAAAAAAAUGUGGUUAUAUUAUGGGUGUUAGUGUAGGAGAAGGAACUUUUGGGAAAGUGAAGUCAGCAUACUCUAAGAAACACAAAGCAAAUGUAGCAGUGAAGAUAAUAGACAUUAAAAAAGCAAAUGAUGAUGUUACAGAGAAGUUCCUACAAAGAGAAAUGGAGAUUUUAACACUAGUGAAACACAAAAAUAUUGUGAGGAUUCAAGAGAUAUUCAAGCUUUCAAAUGAAAAGAUUUACAUUAUCAUGGAGCUUGCAGUUCAUGGGGAUUUACUGGCAUAUAUUCAAUCCCGAGGGUCAUUACCAGAAGAUAUGGCCCAAAAGAUGUUCCAUCAGUUAACAAUGGCCAUACAGUACUGUCAUGGUAUUAAUAUUGUACACAGAGACCUGAAGUGUGAAAAUCUUCUUUUAGAUGUUAAUUAUGAUAUCAAGCUCACAGACUUUGGGUUUUCAAGACACUGUGUUUGUAAUAAAGAAGGACACUCCUUACUAUCUAAAACAUUCUGUGGUUCUGCUGCAUACACAGCACCAGAAGUGCUGCUGCAUAUACCUUAUGAACCAAAGGUCUCGGACAUCUGGAGCAUGGGUGUUAUUCUGUUUGUUAUGGUCUUUAACUCUAUGCCAUAUGAUGACUCGAAUGUCAAAAAGAUGGUACGUAUUCAGAAGGCACACAAAGUGGUCUUUCCAAGGUAUGAACGUGUCACCUCAGAGUGUAAAGCCUUAAUUACCAGCAUACUUCAUCCAGAUGUGAUGAAACGGCUGACUAUUGAGGAGAUUCUGGUUCACCCCUGGAUGCAGUGUACAAAACAUGAAAGAGUAGAUAAUGGACAGAAAGAUGGCGAAUGUUCUCAAACAGUUCACCAUCAAAAGGAACAACCAAGAACCAAUUUAAAAUCAGACAUUAGCAAUGGAUCUAAAUCACAAGCCAAAGCUGAAAAUGAUAACACUGAAGCAAAAGCAGAAAAUAAUCACCCUUUACCUGAUACAAAAGAAAGCAAAGGAGGUACAUAA